AUGUCUUCCAACAACAACACUGGUUCUCCCAACUCUGGUUCUUCCAACGCUAAGAUUAACUCCAACUUGGGUACUGCUGCUAGCCGCUACGCUACUCCUGAGGUUAAUCAUUCCAAUGGUGAAUCCCCCAAGGCCAAGUCCACUACUUCUGAUGAAGUAACUAAGGUCCAGGUAUCUCGUAAGGGCAAGGAGAAGGCCAGGGACAGUGUAAGUCACAGGGGAGAUGAGGGAAAAGCCACUGCUAGUGGUAGAGUUUCAAACUCUUUUUUGGAAUCGGUAGAUUCAAGUGGCGAUUCCAGCUGCGAACCACUCGAUGAUAUUAGUGAUAUCGAGGGGGAUAACAUGGAUAUUGAUCCAUUGGAUAUGUCUGAUUUAGAGGAAUCCACGUUUAUUAAGACUUCAUUAGUAUCUUACCGAAUUGAAGAACGAGAACCCUGCUAA